AUGGCCAGAUUCAACUUGACAACCGCCGUCCUCGCUCUUCUCGGCGCCAGCCAAGUCCAGUCUCAGUGCACUGGGCCGAAUGUGAACGCCGCCACAAUCAGCCUCAUCACCGAGUUCGAGGGAUGGUACCCUAACAUCUAUAUUGACCCAGUCGGUCUGCCGACCGUCGGAUACGGCCACUUGUGUGCCGAUUCGAGUUGUUCGGAUGUCCGAUACCCCAUCCCGCUGUCCCGCGCAAAUGGCGAGCAACUCCUCCGCGACGACAUUGCAGGCUUCCAAAAUUGUAUCACUCUCCAGACAGCUUCCUCCGUCGUUCUGAAUGCCAAUCAGUACGGAGCCCUCGUCUCCUGGGCCUUCAACGUCGGUUGCGGCGCUACCAAAACGAGCACUCUAAUCCAGCGCCUCAAUGCCGGCGGCAACCCCAACACUGUCGCGGCCGAGGAGUUGCCAAAGUGGAACAGGGGUGGCGGACAGGUGCUGCCCGGACUGACCCGGCGCAGGGCUGCGGAGGUCGCGCUGCAUCGCACGGCGACAAGCGCGGGAGCCCUGCCGGCGUGCUCGUAA